CCAGCGGCAGGCGGAGGGAGGAGAAAGGGUCUGUUGUUUUCCUCUCCUUGUUUCUCUCUCCCUCACUGCUGAUCACCAGGCGGCUGACCGGAGAGAGAGAAAGGAAAAAGAAAAACCACAAACUUCCUUUGAAAACCACCGGCUCGUAGUCCGGGCCUGGAGCGCGCGCCCUAGACUCUGCAACUCAGGAAUCCUGAAGACGCUCCGGGGGACCUGGGAGCAUCUGGGCUGCGCCCCAGCCUGCCCCCACCCUUCUCUGGUGACCCCAGUCGUGGGCGUGGGUCCGGAAGUGGCCUCCGCCACGCCGGGACCGCCGCUCAUAAACCUGUGUAGACCUGUGUAAGCUCUGGCCUUGACAGCUGGGAGGCAGCUGGGACUCUGGCGGCGCCCCCCAUUGCUCCCCCAUCGACCUGCCACGGCUGGACGGUCCUCCUCGGUCCUGGAACGGCACCCACGUCUUCAAGGAAAGCCGACCCCAUCCAAUGACUUCAGUCCCGCCCAAAUCCCUCCUCCCAACCUGAAAGCCCUGUCUCCUCAUUGGUCCCAUGUGGUCACAUGCAGUUAGAGGUGACAAGACCUCAGGCUGGGGGGCCUUCUGUUUACCCAGCUAAGUAAGAGAGACAUGUGCUCCCCAUAGCCAGGAGUGACGGCGCAGAGACUGUGCAGCCUUCCACACUAUAUUCCUUUAACAAGACUUUUCUGGGUCCAUUUGCUUUCCAGCCCAAUGACUUCCUCCUUAUUGGAUUGGUCUCUUUUCCACCUACCAAUCCUAGAUUAGGCAGCUCCCUGAGGGCAGGAAAGUCCUUUGGUGCCCCUCAGGUGACCUCUUCUGACCAUGGAACACCAUCAGCCUGACCAUCCAGCCUCUGGCGAGGCUGGGACUGUAGAGGCAGUCGGCCCUGAACCCCAUGAGGUCCUCUCACAACCACCAGGUGAGCACCCCCGGGACAAGGAUGCCAGAGAUGCUGAUGGAACAGCCAGGGAACAGGAGACAGUCGACCAAGCUUCGCUGCUGGUCCAGGGCCAGGAUAACCUUGAGUCAGCUGCACCUAAUGCUAGCUCAAGCCAACUGGAGCCAGCCCAGGGGGCACAGCCUGAGGUAGAGACAGAGGGAGCAUGCUCCAGACUCCAGGAGCUCCCCCAGCCACCCAGGGCCCGACAGCCAGAGCUAGAUUUCUACUGUGUGAAGUGGAUUCCCUGGAAGGGAGAACGGACACCCAUCAUCACCCAGAGCACCAACGGCCCUUGCCCCCUCUUGGCCAUCAUGAACAUCCUCUUUCUUCAGUGGAAGGUGAAGCUGUCCCCUCAGAAGGAAGUGAUCACAUCGGAUGAGCUCAUGGCCCACCUUGGGGACUGUCUCCUGUCCAUCAAGCCCCAGGAGAAGUCAGAGGGACUUCAGCUGAAUUUUCAGCAGAAUGUGGACGACGCAAUGACAGUUUUGCCUAAACUGGCCACAGGUCUGGACGUCAACGUGCGAUUCACAGGGGUCUCUGACUUUGAGUACACUCCCGAAUGCAGUAUCUUUGACCUCCUAGGCAUACCUCUGUACCACGGCUGGCUUGUUGAUCCACAGAGUCCGGAGGCCGUGAGCGCGGUUGGGAAACUGAGUUACAACCAGCUGGUAGAGAAGAUCAUCACCUGCAAGCACUCUAGCGACACCAACCUUGUGACAGAAGGCCUAAUCGCCGAGCAGUUCCUGGAGACUACCGCGGCACAGCUGACUUACCACGGACUGUGUGAGCUCACGGCAGCGGCCAAGGACGGCGAACUUAGCGUCUUUUUCCGAAACAACCACUUCAGCACUAUGACAAAGCACAAGAGUCACUUGUACCUGCUGGUCACAGACCAGGGCUUCCUGCAGGAGGAGCAGGUGGUGUGGGAGAGCUUGCACAACGUGGACGGGGACAGCUGCUUCUGCGAUGCGGACUUCCAUCUGAGUCAUUCCCCAGGCAAGGGGCCCGGAACGGGAGGUGGAGGCGGCUCCCCCGAGCAGCAGCGGCAGGUCGACCAGGACUACCUAAUCGCCUUGUCCCUGCAGCAGCCACAGGGCACGCUGGGUCUUAGCGACUUGGAGCUGGCCCAGCAGCUUCAGCAAGAGGAGUACCAGCAGCAGCAAGCUGUGCAGCCCGUGCCGGGACGGAGCUCCCCGCAGGGGAGAGGAGCCAUGUCCGGACGUCCGGUCGGGGAGCGCCGGCAGAGGCCAAAGCAAGAGUCAGACUGUGUCCUCCUGUAGCUGCGCCCUACUCCGGGGCUGCCCUCCCAGCCUCUACUUUCAGAGGCCGUGGCUCCUCUGCUUGCUCCCCCAGCUCUAGUCCUGAGAUAGGCCGGGUAACUUCUUUCCGGACAGCCGGGGAUCAGAGCAAGCAGUGAAUGCCAACGUCAGACUCGCUAACGUCCUGCCCUCAUGUGCUGCCACCUUUUCUGCCUCCCAGUUAUCCAGGGCAACAUAGGGGUUGGCGGGGUGGGGAGGUGAGGCCUUCCGGUCUCCAGCUCCCCUUCCCCUCAACAGUCACACUAAUAUACGGACUCGAGCUCCAGGGUGAGGGCUCCGUCUAGAACGCGCCUCACCUACUUCCCACCCCUGACUGGGUCUCCCUGCUGACCCUGCAGGCCUGUCUCUGAUCGGUUCAGGGUUUGAUUUGGGUUUCUAUCUCCAUUAUUUGUAAUGCCUUCCUAGGGGUUUGGAAAUAAAACAUCUUUCCUGAGA